GCGCGCGGGAAGCCGGCAGGGUCCGAGUGGAGGCCGGGCAGCCGGUUUCACUUAAAGAAAAUGGAGUUUUCUAGAGAAAAAAGGUUGAAGGCAAGACUUGCUGGUGAUAGACGAGGAGAUCUGUAUCCUCACAGCCUGCAGUUCUACCUGCAGCCUCCCACUGAAAAUAUUUCUCUAGCUGAGUUUGAAAAUUUUGCCAUUGAUAGGCUUAAAUUGCUCAAAGUAGUUGAGAACCUUGGUGUGAGCUAUGUGAAAGGUAGCGAUGAGUACAAAAGCAGGCUGGAGCGUGAGAUUCGAAAGCUUAAAUUUCCAUUCAAAGCUUUGGUUGAGGAUGAUUAUGAUGCAAGGAGGAAAGAUCAUAUCUCUCAUUUCAUACUGCGCCUUGCUUACUGCCAGUCUGAGGAUCUCAGACGAUGGUUCAUUCAACAAGAAAUGGACCUUUUUCGAUAUCGGUUUAACGAGCUAACUGGUGAUUUGGUCGAGAAAUUCCUCAAAUAUGUUAAUUUGUCAUAUGGAGCUAUUAGCAAAGAAGUGAAAGAAAAACUUGCAGUCCAACUGCUAAGUUCAACUCCUGGCCUCAGUGGAGCUAAAGUAGAAGAACUGGAAUUUUAUAAGGUUCCAUUACAGGAGGCUAUGGAUUUGUUUAGAGUAAGAAGAGUUUACCUUCUGAAUGCCUUCGCAUAUGUGCCUCAAACGGACAUAGUUGCAAUUGUUUUAAAUAACUACAGAACCAAACUGUCUAAGGCCCUUGCGCUGACAGCACGAUCACUGCCUGCUGUACAAUCUGAUGAGAGACUGCAGCCUUUGCUUAAUCACCUCAGCCAUUCCUAUGUUGGCCCAGAUUACAGCAUACAAAAAAAUAUUGGGAAAAUUUCAUUAGAACACAUUGAUGCUCUUUCUGUUAAAUCAUUUCCUCUUUGCAUGAGACAGCUGCACAAAGCCCUGCGCGAUAACCACCAUCUCCGUCAUGGAGGCCGUAUGCAAUAUGGACUGUUCUUAAAAGGCAUUGGCUUAACACUGGAACAAGCUUUGCAAUUCUGGAAGUCUGAAUUUAUUAAAGGAAAAGUGGAUGCAGACAAGUUUGACAAAGGGUAUGCCUACAGCAUCCGCCAUAACUAUGGAAAAGAAGGCAAGAGGACAGAUUAUACACCAUUCAGCUGCAUGAAGAUUAUCCUGUCCAAUCCACCAAGUCAAGGGGAUUAUCAUGGGUGCCCAUUCCGCCACAGUGAUCCUGAGCUACUGAAGCAGAAGCUACAGUCAUACAAGAUUCCUCCCACUGGGAUAACUCAGAUUUUGGAGUUAGUGAAAGGUAUGCAUUACCAGCUGGCCUGUCAGAAAUACUUCCAGUUGACACAUGAUGUUGAUGAUAUUGGGUUUUCUUUGAAUCAUCCCAAUCAAUAUUUCGCAGAGAGUCAGAAGCUACUAAGUGGUGGUAGAGAAGUGAAGAAAGAACCAAGUGAACCUGAAAACUCUCAGCAAAAACCGAGUAGUCAGAAAAGUACAAGUUCAUGUUCCAUUCCGAUUUCUUCAAACACAGAAGCAGAUACAGAACUGGAGGGACUGGAUGCGUAUUUCACUGAAGACUGAGAAGCUUUGUUGUUUAUUUUUCUCGCCUUCAUUACUUCCCUAUAAUUUUAGCAAUAUUUUCCCUCAUAGUAAGAGAGUAAGCACCUGGCUUUCUGGAGAGCUUGGGUCAGUAAGGCUCUAAUUUGGCUGAUGAAAGGAAAGAAGAGAUGCAUAAAUUUUAAUUAUAUCUGGUACUUUUCCUUGUAGCUAGGGCACAUCGGUUCCAUUGUGCAGUCAGUUUCUAACUGCUUGGGGCAUGGGAACUGAAAAUUAGUUCCUAAAUUUGAAUGAUAUUGCAGUUUCUAUGAGUUGUUUCUGUGCUCAUAAGCAUUUUGUGUGUAACCCAUCUUUCCUUAUACUCCACAUUUUUAAAUAGCUUUCUCUUCCGUGUUUUUCUUAAUAAACAUAUGUUGAAAUGUAAAAAUUUGUGAUC